AUGAACAUUUCGGCUGUCAGAUCAAUAUUUUCAUUCUUAUCAUUAAAUGCUUUACUCUAGAUAUAUGAGAAUCAACCAGUAGAAUUCUGGGACUCUAACUAAAUGAUGUCACAUCCUAAACUUACACCGAUAUUCUAAUCAAAUUAGGUAUAUAUAAACUUCAUCUUAGUAUAUUAAUUUAUUAGCAGGUUUAGCGACAGUAAUACUACUAGAUAAGAAAUAAAAAUUGCUCAUGAUUAACAGCAUUGUUGCUGGAUCAUCCGUUGUUAUAUAAGAUUUAAAGUAAUCUUUAAUCUUUAACUAAAGUUUAUUGUUGCCUAAAACCAUGAAUAUGAUAGCAAUAUACUUCUCGCUUAUUGCACUAAUUGUUCAGUUAUUUUAAUUGCUCACAAUUUAUUAUGAUAAUCUUCCAUCUACAACAUAAAGAAUAAAAUAAGAUAUUUUGAAAGAAUAAAAACAAAUUAGGAAAUAACACCAAAGGAAGGUGGUUUCAAGUAAAAAAAAGGAGAAACCAUAAUAAAAACAACAAAAAUCUUAAUAAAUCUAUUAAAUUGAAGGAAUAGAACAAUUAUAAAAUGAUAAAUCAGAAAUCGAAUCUAUUGAAAAUGACUUCAACGAAUUCAUGAAACCUUAAUCUAACGAUUAAACAUUGACAGAGGUUGAAACCGAAAAUCUGUAUGAAAUCAAUCAUGCUGAUUUAUCAUAAAUAUCAUAAACAAAAGAAGAUCCAAGUAUCACUUAAUAUUAUUAAUAGAAUUAACUUUCUAAUUUAAAUUUAAAGGAGAAGCAUCUACUUUAAAUUGCACUUUUGAUACAUUUGAUUCAUCUAUGAGCAUUCUCAAUUCAGUUUACACAUAGGAAUAAAUUAAAUAAAUCAAAAUACAUUUGUUACUCAAUCUCUAUGAUGAAAAUGAAGACUGUACUUGUAGACUCUGGUGUUUAAAGAAGCUUUUAAUUCUUAAUUGAUAAUGCAC